AUGGAGGCAAUAUCUCAAAUCCCGACACCACCGUCCAAGACUGCAGCCCAACAAAAACAAGCAACAGUAAUAGCACAAAGUAAAAAAACAAGUCAUGAAAACAUAUGGAGCCAAAUGAUGGAAGAAGAGUUAGGUGAAACAUCCACCAGCAUGGAAACCCAUCUUGAAGAGGAAACACACGAAGAGCCACAGCAGACCAGCAAACAACAAGCAUUGGAGAGACAUCAAACAUCAUCCUUUGGGGGACAUGCCCGCAUCGAUGAUAGCGAUGAAGACAUAAAACCAUGGCCAUCAGAAACAUGA